CAUUCAGUUUAGUGGAACGAUGUGAUGCGAAUUAAUAUUACAAAGCUAAUUUAAGUAUACUCGCACGCUUUACUUGUUAUCAGAAACAUGUAAUGUAUGAAACAAUCAUCCGUUCCCCUGUUUGACAGGACGGGGAGACACACACAAUUAACUAAUGUUUAAUUAACAACUUGUUAAUGUUAACGACUAAUUAACUACUUAUAGUCGUCCUUGAUUGUUAUCAAUUGCAUCACGCCCUGCUCUGUGUCAUGCAUUCGCUCCAACGUUUUGUAUCGGUUUAGUUUAGUUAUCAGUUGGAUUCGUGUUUUGAGAGAAUUUAUGUUUUGUUGUAGAUUUGUGAAUAUCAUCCAGAUCGAUGUUACCGAAAUCAUGAUGACUGAUGCUCAGAGAAGCACGAGGAGCUGUAGAGGUUUGAAGAAUGAAGAUGGGUAUGAAAUUUCCAUCCCCUUUGAGGACAACAGCCUGGAUGAGUCUGGUUUCUGUAAUCAAAACGACCACACCUUCGAUGAGUCGGUGUCAGGUCAGAUUCCUCCUUGCAGUCCAUACCUUUUGAUUACCAGCCUCCGAGCACAACUGCAGAUUUCUCUGGAAAAAAACUCCUGGCUUCAAAAACGCAUCGAAGAUCUGGAGGAGGAGAGGGACUUCCUGCGCUGCCAACUUGACAGAUUUAUUUUCACCACCAAGAGUCAGGAGAGCAAUGGCAUGACUGGAAAAGAAACUGAAGCAGAAGCUGAGCCUCAAGCCACCACUCUGAAGCAGCCCACCCGGAAGACAGCUAUUCCUUCCCCAUCAUCCAUGAUGACACGCUCUGGAAAAAUCGCACAACACAACCAGAAGCGCAGCAGAAAUAAGAAUCAAGAAGACGAGGAGGUGAUUGAGGAGGAGGAGUACAUAGCAGAGGAAGACUUUGUGGAAGAGGAGCAGGUUGUUACAGAUGAUGAUGGCGAUGAUUCAGAUAGUAAAAGCUCACGUAAGAGCCGUUCAGGAAGGCAGAAUGGCCAGACAAGGGUGAAAAGACGACGUGUUUUCCGUAUUGCUCGAAGCAUGGAAAGACAAAGAGUUAAAGACUCUGCAGGUGUUCUACUUCGUUACAAUAAGAUCCUUGUCACCUAUCAAAAGUUGAAGAGCAUGUCAAGAGCAUUCCAGGUCCAUGGGGUUGACCGAAACACCGUCGCCUCCACCACUCCUAUUGCUGAAAUGCUUUUGGUUGCUCCUGAGAAGGUAUCUGAAGUUGGUGAGUUUGAUUCCUCCAAGGAAAAGCUUCUGGAUUAUGCAAGACGCUGCUAUAAAGCUCUUGACGAGAACGCUCAUGCUAAGGUGCAGGCCUUGAAGAAGAACAACCUCUUGCUGCCCAUUUCAUACAGGUUCAGACACUAAAUUUCCACAAAUGUAUUCCUUUUUUGGGGGGGGGCAGCGCUAUUGACACAGUGGUUUGGAUAUUAUGGAGUCCAUUCAUUGACCUUUCAUGGGCUGUUUUUUUUUUUCUACCUCAAUUCUAGUUCUACACAUUUGGAGUGAAAAACUGUUCAAAUCCCAACUCUGUGCCAACUUCAAAAUGUGUAGAUUCCAAGAAAGGCUUGUUGACCCAACAUAAAGGGAGAAGAACAUUUGUGAGAUAAAUAGUCAGCCACUGUAUGUAAAGAGUUACUUACUGUAAAGUUUGGAAACUCUGUCCUUCAAUGAAAGGGACUUUGUCUUGUUUGAGUUCAUAAUUUGGGGAUCACGCAAGGUACUACGUUUCUUUAAUAUUCUGACUUGUGAUCACAUUUGGAUGAUUUGAGUCAGACUAAAGAUUGAAUAAAAGUAAAGUUCUCGGCUUGCUACUAUCAUCUUCAGAGUUUCGAAACUUUCUAAAUUAGCUGUGAAAUAAUAAAAGAGCAACUUGUUCUUUAAUUAGUGGCCUUGGCUGGAACAAGCUGCAGUUAUUUUCCAUUCAAAAACUAGUGAGAGAAACUCAAUGAACAAAGAGAAGUAGUUACUGUGUUUAUCUGUAUAUUAUUUAAAUCUCUAAGUUUGAAGUGUACUGCUGUCUCAGUAAAUGGCUGUGGCACACCAGUGCAGUGUUAUUCUUUCAAAUCAUCUCAGACUCCACAAAUGAAGCCUUUGUUUAAAAAAAUACAAUUUGUUGUAAUAUGGGACUAUUUAAGCACUUUGUUGUUAUUGACAAAGGGGAAAAUAAAUUGUAUACGAGUUCAAAAUGUGUGAUAUUGGAGAUAUUGUUUUUUUUUUGCAUGCUUUGUGUGCCAGUCCUACUCAGGAGGUUACCAGCAAAAGUCAAAACUUUGAGAUUGUUUGAUUAAAAAUAUUAUUUACGAGAAAAUGUUGUUCACCACAUUCCUUACUAGUUCAUGGUAUGCCUAUAAGAUUAAGUAUAAUGCUAAAAUUGUGUUUAUACAUUGCAAUGUCAUUUGAAAGGCUUGACUGAUGUUUUUGUUAUUGUGGUUACCUAUUAUUUUUCCUAUUGGAUUAUGACUAUUCAUUUCAAAACCAUACUGUUAUUAAACACAUCUCCA